GUUUGUCACGCAAACAAGAAACCAAACACGUGGACGUACUGAAGAUAAGCUGUAGUUUUCAACAAAUAUAGCUCCUCAUCGUCACAAGAGACAACAGCAAAGAAGGACAAAAAUGCCGUCUUCUCGUCUUUCGUUUCGCGUGGGGGACGUGUCCGUAAACUCUUCUGGAAACAGAGGGCGAGCUGUGUUUCGGCAAGACGAGCGCAAUCGAGCUCGAAGUACGAGUGUUAAUGUUGCAGAUCGAUACCGAAACGAGAAGGGACAUUUAUUCUACGUUACGGUCGAUUUCAAUAGAAUUUGGUGCGAGUUUUAUCUUUACCGCAGUUCGCAGAGGUGGAUUGGCUCCGACGCGGAUGGGAAACCCAUGGAAUUCGAUCCAGUUCAUAAAAGGAAGUGGUACAUCACGUCAAAGGAGCGUGACAGAAUUGAAGCAGAAGAAGUAGAGUACACGAUGAAUCAGAAACAUUUAGUUCGCCAACAGGAGAGAGCUUCGACGACGACCACGACAGUAUCUGCUCACAGUAUCUGCUCAGUCCGCAAUUCUACCAGCCGACCAGAUAGAACUGGCCGCUCUGCUGUUCCGGCGCGCCAGAGUCAUGGAGUGACCGGUGGACGAUCUCAGGCGAGACAAAAUGUCGCAUCUACUUUGCCGUCUCCUUCCUUGCAGAGAGAUCAACGACCGCCCUCCGGGAGUGCUUAUCCUGCGUCUCGUCACAUGCACAACAGCAAUGAUCGCGAUCUUUUGAUGUCCUCUCGACGCAACAUUUGUUACUAUGCAUCGGCGCCCCAAAGUCAUCUCUCUUCGCAUCUGCCGAGUACGGGCGGCCACUCCUAUCCAGGAAUGAGUAGAAGCGAUCAUGCAGAUUCGUGUGCACUACCACGACGAGGAGCCUACGGACCAAGGGCUGUGCGCGACAAUGGUCCAUCUCGUCAUGAUGAUUCUUCGGACGAUGCUUAUGGCGCCAGAGGUCAUCUGAGUACUAACGCACAGGCAAGUCAAAAUGCUGUUCCUGUUGGUACAACUAGUCACGAAGAACUCACAGUAAACUAUUGUAAGCGCGACGACGUCACGAAGAAGGGGACGAACGACCUCGGGAAUGACUGGGAAGCGUAUCCUGACGGAGGGUACAAGUAUGACAACGGGAACGGCAGUAAGUACGAGAAGGACAAAGAUGGCAAUGCCUGGUACGAAGGCCCGGGCGGGAAGGGCUGGGUUGAGGAUGCGGACGGGAAUCGGGAGCACUAUGACAAUGAAGGCGACCACGGCGAUGAGUAUGACUACGAGCAGGAUGAAUAUGGCUGCGAUGACUACGGCUGCGAUGACUACGAUUACGAUGAAUAUGGUGGUUUUGACGACUUUGGUGGAGAUGGCUUUGAUUAACUACAAGUAUGAGCUGAAAUAGAAGAUAAAAUUGUGAUCGAGCGUAUUAAGUUUGAGUCUGAAUAAUUUGAAUAAUCAGAACUUUGUCCUUGGAUGUUUACUACAAACGAAGGAAUACAUGAAGCGAAUAGAUGAAGCAUUUGAAUAAGAUGGACGCCCAAAAGAAAAUUUAUAGAAUUUUUGCUGACUCCCCAGCCAGAGUUCCUCGAGUUAUCAGAUUUAGUUCUCAUACGGAAAACAAUGAAAAAGACAAAGAUCGCCAACCUUUUGUCGGAAGAUAUAUUUCAUUACAUUGUACCCCUUGAAUUCAAUGUACUAAUAUUGUCGCACUAAACGCUUUUAGCGUUGUCCUCGCAACCAAACUCAUGCGUGAGGUGCCUUUAUUAAGCAAGUACGAGUACCAAAUACAUGGAAAGUAUUAUCGGAACAAUUUCGUGGUGCUGCUUGAUCAUCAUGGAACUGUUUAUGAUUCUCGAUGUCUUCGGUCGGACACAAAAAAGUCGAGGAAUACCGAGGAAGAUACAUCCUGGCCAUCAUAUUACUGAGAGUGACGUCAUCGCGAACUUCUCCAAAGUUUUAGGCAAACGUACUUUCAUCGUGAUGUUACUUCUGUUUGUCGUUAGAAGAAUGAUCUAUUCUCGAAAAAUUCGAUCCUUCGAUUGCAC